AUGGCAACGCUUCAGUCAUGGCGACGAGCUUAUGGAGCCCUGAAAGACACCACCAAAGUCGGCCUAGUCCGAGUCAACAGCGAUUACGCCGAUAUAGAUAUCGCCAUAGUCAAAGCUACUAACCAUGUCGAGUGUCCUCCCAAAGAUCGGCAUCUCAGGAAAAUUUUCGUCGCAACAUCAGCAACUCGGCCUCGAGCAGAUGUUGCUUACUGCAUUCACACUCUCUCCCGGCGAUUGCACAAAACCAGAAAUUGGACGGUUGCAUUAAAGGCACUGCUUGUUUUACACCGGCUUCUGAGGGAGGGUGAUCCAACAUUUAGAGAAGAGCUAUCGAAUUUUUCGCAGAGAGGACGCUUCUUGCAACUUUCUAAUUUCAAGGACGACUCAAGCCCAAUCGCCUGGGAUUGUUCAGCGUGGGUACGAGCUUAUGCAUUAUUUCUCGAGGAACGGCUUCAAUGCUUCAAAGUUCUGAAAUAUGACAUUGAGGCUGAACGUCUUCCAAAGCUUUCCCCAGGGGAGGAGAGGGGGUAUGGCAAAACAAGGGAUUUAGAUGGUGAAAAACUCUUGGAACAGUUACCAGCUUUACAGCAGCUUCUGCAUCGUCUCAUUUGUUGUAAGCCAGGAGGUGCUGCUAGCCACAAUCGUAUCAUACAGUAUGCUCUCGCUCUGGUGUUGAAGGAGAGCUUUAAAGUGUAUUGUGCCAUCAAUGAAGGAAUCAUCAAUCUUGUAGAAAAGUUCUUUGAAAUGCCAAGACACGAGGCCAUCAAGGCCCUUGAUAUAUACAAGCGUGCGGGUCUUCAGGCUCGCAACCUUUCUGAUUUCUAUGAAGUAUGCAAAGGAUUAGAACUUGCAAGGAAUUUCCAGUUUCCUGUUUUAAGAGAGCCUCCACAAUCUUUUCUUACAACUAUGGAGGAAUAUAUGAGAGACGCACCUCAAAUGGUGGACGUCACAUCUGGGCCACUGCUUCUGACCUAUAGGCCGGAUGAUGGGAUUUCUUCUGAAGAUUUUGAACCUUCGCAUGAAGAACAUGAACUAUCAUUGCCUUUCGAUAUUACUGUUAUUCCCUCUGAAGAGUCACAACCUUCUACCCAUCCUCCUGCUUCAGUAGAAACUCCUCAGAAUUUCAUUGAUACAGAUGAUCUUUUGGGUCUGAACAAUGAUGCACCUGAUCCAUUGGAAAUCCUGGACCAAAAUGCACUUGCUUUGGCCUUAGUUUCUACUGAUGCUGAUUCUUUUGGUUUCGGUCAAGCAAUAGAUUUAGAUCCGUCAGGAUGGGAGGUUGCCUUGGUCACAACACCUAGCAAUGAUAUAUCUGCAGCCACAGAGAGGCAAUUGGCGGGUGGCUUAGACUCGCUCACUCUGAACAGCCUAUAUGACAGUGGAGCCGCGCAACAGCCUUCUUACGGCACUCCAGCUCCCAAUCCGUUUGAAGUCCAAGACCCGUUUGCAUUUUCCAACAGCGUUCCACCACCUUCAGACGCAAGCAACCCAUUCGGUUCCUACGAGCCAACCUUUCAGCAUCAACAGCAGCUUCAGCUUGCACCAAACGCUGAAGCUGCACUUAACGCUGCAAAUCCUUUUGGUGACUUUGGAGAAUUUCCGGUAGUCCCUGUUUCACAGCCCCCAAACACCACCGGUUUUGGGGGAUUUCCGGUGGUCCCUGUUUCACAACCCCCACACACCACCGGUUUUGGGGAAUUUCCGGCAGUCACGGUUUCACAACCCCCACACACCUCCGGUUUUGGGGAAUUUCCGGCCCCUGUUUCACUACCACCACACACCAACGGUUUUGGGGAAUUUCCGGUAGUGCCGGUUUCACAACCCCCACACACCACCGGUUUUGGGGAAUUUCCGGAAGUCCCUGUUUCACUACCACCACACAACACCGGUUUUGGGGAAUUGCCGGCAGUCACGGUUUCACAACCCCAAAUCACCACCAGUUUUGGAGAAUUUCCGGUAGUGCCGGUUUCACAACCACACAACACCACCGGUUUUGAGGAAUUCCCGGUAAACACAAGUGCUCAUGAGCAACAUAACAGCAACCCCUUCGGCGGUACUGGUCUCUUGUGA